CGCCCCCCGCCCCGGAACAAUGCGCAGAGCGGGCGGGGGUCGCGGCGGGGCCGGGGGCUGCGCGGAGCGGAGCGGGGCCGGAGCGUGCGGUUCCGGGCGAGUCAGCCCUCAGCCAUUUUGCGCUGCCCUAUUGGAGAGCGGAGCGCAGCGCAGGGAAACGAGGAAAAAAAAAGGGAAAAAAAAAGGAAAAAGAAAAAAAAGAGGCCGACCCCCCCCCGCCCCCUCCCGUCGGAAGAACGUCGCCUCGCCGCCGCUCCCUGCCCCCGCCCCGCUGGGGGCUGCGGGCUCCGGCCCCGUGUCCCCGCGUCCCGUCGGGGCCGCUCGGCACAGAUCAGCUCGGUACAGCUCAGCUCAGCUCGGCACAGCACAGCUCAGCACAGCCCCCCGCGGCCGCCCCCGCCGCCUCCUGCCAUCUUGCGCUGCCCGGCGGCCCCACGCCCGGCCUUCCUCCCGCCGCCCCCGGGAGGCGGCCGCGGCCGGCGGGGGGAGGAGGGGGGGGGAGCGGAUCCCCGGGAGCUGCGGGGUUGGGGCGGGGGGAGAGAGCGGGGCGGCGCCUCGGAGCCGGCUCAGCCCCGGCGCUGGGGGCCCGGAGGGGCGGCCAUGGGGGCGGCGGCCGCGGGGAGACAGCGACCGGGGGCGGGGGGAGGCGGGCGCGUCCCGCCCCGGAGCCGCAGCCGCUGAGUUGCCGGUGGGGCCGACGGGCGCUGCCGCCACCGCCUCGGAGCCGCCCCGCGCUGCGCUGCGCUGCGAGCCGGCACGGAACGGCACGGCCAGAUACGGCACGGCCCGACACGCGUCACCGCGGUCCGCCCCGACGGCGGGCGGUGCUGCCUUAAAGCGGCGAUGGAGCUGCGGGGCCACGAGCGGGAUAGAGCAGGACUUCCUAACUACAGCCAUGGAGCUGCCUGGAGCCCUCAGAUCCCAGCGGCCCCAGGUGUUGAACCACCUCCCCCCAGAUGCGGGGCAGCCAUCACACUGCUGGAUGUGGCAUCAGGGUGAUGCUCACCGCCCUAUCCAAGCCUGGUGUUGCUGGGAAUGGGGCAGCACGGCUCCCAUGCCUGGUGGGGUUUCUUUCUAUGGAAAUGCCUGGAGCAGCUGCCCUGCAGAGUGACUCAUUUCCUGCUCUUGUGUCACAUUCUGGUCAGGCCAGUUUGGCAAAGGCUUUUUUCUCUCCGUCGCUGCCUUUCUCUGCUCUCCCCCACCUCGGAGGCCUGGGAUGAUGUGAAUGGCUCAGCCCCUGGCAGGAUGAGGCAGGAUUUUCAGGAAACUGCGUCAAAACCACAAACCUCCAAAAAGAAAAAAGAAAAAAACCCAAAAAGAGAGGAAAAAAAAAACAACAACCCAACAACAACAACAAAAAACCCAAACAAACAAUAAAAAAAGAACGAUUUUCUUUCCCUCUUUUCUGGGAGCAAGGGAGGCGGGUGGCCAGGCCGGGCUCCUCCUCACUGCCCCCAGAUCGGAGCUCUCUGCUCAUUUGAGUUCUGUGUUCCCUGGUGGCUGCCCGGGGCUCUGGCUGCGCCACGUCCCUGGGGCUGACAUGGGUUGGUCAGGACCGUGGCCCCAUCAUCCCUCCCUGUACACCUCCAUGUCUGCAGCACAAGGGAUGGCAGGACAGCAGGAGCAGGGCACAAUCUCACCCAAACCCUCUGCAAUCUUUGCUCCCAAGCAAUUCUCAUCCUUCCUUUUUCCCUUUCUGCAUGCUCCGUGCAAUUAAAGCAGGCUACAGCCAAAUGACCCGGCACCACACGCAUGCUAAAAAGCCCCCCGCCGGGCCGUCACUGAGCUGCCUUUGAACAGCCAUGUGUUGUUCCUAGGGCUGCAGGCAGCAUCUGCAGCCCUGCAAACCCAUGGUCCUGCUUGGUGCAGGGAAAUUGAGGCAGGAAAGGGGCAGGUGCUCGCCCGCAGCCCUUACAUCUGCAGUGCUAGAAAGCCAAAGGGUUUUGUUUGCCCACAGACAUGGGAAGUGCACGACGGUAUCAGCGUAAAUUGGGUCAGGAAGCAUUGCUAAUAAAAUGUCAAUCCCGGUUGUGUAAUGGGAGCAAUUAUGGGUUUAGGUCUCGUUAGGACACUGAGAAGGAAAACAUGGCUGCUCCGAGGGCAGCGGGAGGCAAAAAACGAGGAGGGUCCUUUGAGAAGCUGUUGUGGUGCCUGAGUUCCAUCACUGCAUCACUGGGUCAGGACUCUGCUCCUCACCUAGAGCUCCAGUCCCCAAACUGGGCCCCCUGCUGCCACCAUUCCUAGGGUCCCAUCCUGUGCAUGAUGGGGACAGGGAUGCCUGGGAGCUCUUACACAGAGGGGGCAGUGGGGAUGGAGCGCCUUGGGCAGCAGUACAGCAUAAAGGGAACUGCAGAGGCAUCCAUGAACACUUAGAGAGUCAUACACUGCAUUUGGUCCCACUUACGGCUUAUAAAUGAUUACUGCGCGUUUUAAUAAAUGGUUAAUCAAGUGUUAGAGUCCAAACAAGUUGAUGGGUUGCUUAUUACCACGGUUUAUAACCUUUUAUGAAUGCCUUCUGUCGAUGUACUUAUAAACAUCCACACCACGUACUUCUCGUGUCUUGACAUGUUGGUCACAUCUGGGGGAAGUUGGUUAACUCUUGAGCUGCCCAUCAGUGGUAAAACCAACAUGGUGCCGGGCUUCACUGCUGCUCAGCUGCACAUCUACACGUGGGCAGCCCAGGGCGAUGCGGGCGCCGUGGUGUCCCCUCAUCCUUGUCACUCUGUGAUGAUGAAAAGGGAUGGAACGACCCUGCUUUGGUGUGAGCCAGACACAUCCAAAUCCAGAAUAAGUCGGCAGUGGGGUUUUGUUCCUCGUGUGUUUUUACCACUAGGACAAACAAUGAGGGGAAGUGAGUGGUGGAUUCUUCAUCGCUUGAAGUCACCAAAUGAAGACAGGAUGUCUUGCUGGAACGCGUGCCUGAAUCAAAAACACAAGUUGUUGGGCCCGAUGCAAGGAACUGGGUGAAAUUCCGCAUACAGGAGGUCAGAUGGGAUGAUUUAGUGGUCCCUCUGGCCCCCAAACCCACGGAAACAUCCUCGGCCAUAGCCGUCAAUUCUGCGGGUAGCGCAUCUACAGCCCCUCACGUCAUGUUGCAAAUAAUGCAAUAAAACUCUCAAUAAGCUGAAUAACAAGGAAACAAUUUCAAAUAAGAGUCUCUGAAAUCUCCUUUUAAGGCAAUGAUGGGAUUCCCACCGCUGGUGGUGCUCCCGACACCUCGCAAUGCUGUCAGCCUGCAGCCUGCAGGAGGCCCCAUCGCAGCCCCUGAGCCUGAACCCCUAUCGGCUCUAUGGGGAAAUGGGGUGGGCAGGGAGCAGCACUGCGACCAUGAGCCCCCUGCCAUGGGGACCCCAUUCCCUGUUCUGCAUCCUCCCGCCUGUCCAGGUCCCUGGUGCUGCCAUUCACUUUUGGGAUGGGAAACAGCCCCAGCCCUCCCUGCACACUGUGGAAGGAGGGAAAAAAGAGAGAGAGAAAUAAACAAACAAAUCCCUUCCCUCUCUUGGCUUGGCAUCUGCUCACAGCCCUUCCAUUAUUAAUUAGAGGAGCUGCCGGCGUUAUUAGCAACAAACCGCUCCUAAUGAAGUUCAGAGCCGCAGAUCCAGGAGGGGCUCCCAGACACCGCUUUUCACAAACCUUAAUUAAAUUCACCGCCUGAAGGUGCUUUAGGCUGGGCAGCACAGUGCGGCGGGGCACGGGGCCGGGCCAGGGCUGCAGGCAGGAGCAGCACCCCAGGGCCAUGCACGGCACCGGUUGGGAUGUGCCUUGAAAAGGGACAGUGCAGGUUCUCUCUGAUCCCGGUGCUGUGGGGUCCAGAGCUCCCCCGCUGCUCUGCUUAUCUCCCACGCAGCCUUGAUGCAUUGCAAUGAUUAACUGGGUGCCAGAGGGGAGGUUCCCAGUGCUGUCCUUGCUGGGCAGCACUUUGAGGCAGAUGGCACAUGGGGUUUGGGGCAAGGGAACCGGCCGCAGCCAUUCGCUCAUUGCUUCUAUCUGACGCAGGCAUGGCCAAGACAAUGUCCCUGGAUGAACAGCAACAAAACCCACCCAGCUCCUUGCACAUCCCUUCCCUCCCCCACCUUCAGCUUCCACCCUUCCCCUCUCUGGCCUUAAAGGAAUUUAUUACGGAGGAGCAUAAAGAAGAUGACAGCAAAACCGUUCAGUGUUACUGGGAACUCAUCGCACCGUUAGCACAGCACUAUCUCAUCCCAGCACCCACAGAGAAGGACACGGAGAAGUACGCAAAUACCUUUAAUGCACUUAGGAUACAAGGGAGGAGAAAAAACGUUUAGUGAUCCACAAAAAUAUUACAAAAGUCACGUGCAGGCGAAACGUACCCGGCACUGAAAUAACCAUGUAAGAAUUUACAUUAGAAACUAAUAUAAAAUAUUUUAAAACCUCUGCUAGUUUAGCUUUCUGUUUUGUCUUUUAUUUAAAAAAAAAAACAAAAAACAAAAAACAAAACAAAAAAACACAACAAAAAACAACAAAAAAACCAAAAGAAAGCAGGGAGUGGGGUGGGGAAUAAAGGCCAUCUCCAAGGUCCCGACGUGUCGCCGGGUCCCCCCGGGAAGCUGUGCAGAAACACUGUGAAAUGCAAAGCACCUCACGGACCAGCAAGGCCCACACCAUGCACCGCUAUAGGGAAACACUGCUGUGCCCAGCAAGGGUGAAGGGCUGGAAUCCCCUAUGGGGUCGGGGUGAGGCACGAAGCCCCCACCACCUCGGGGGGCAGCGCAGAGAGCAGAGCGGGCAGGGGGCUGCAGCACCCACCCAAACACACCGUGCUGAUGUAGGACCCAUGGUGGCGGUGCGGUUCCUCCCACCCCCAGCCCCGCUGUGCGUGCUGCACUAUUUCCGGAGCUGCUCUUUCGUUGCGGUUGGGCCCCAGGGACGGGAACAAAGGAGCCAUUUUGAUCUCCAGCUUCGCCGGGGAGAGGAGGGACAGGCUGAGAGAAAAGAGCAGUGUUUGCAAAACACAACAAUCGCAGGGAAUUUUCCUCCUGCUUUGAGAGGCUGUUUCUUUUCCUCUGUCUUCCUCUUUUUUUAUUAAAAGACAGAAGAAGCAGCAUUACGGCUGGAGUAUAAACAACAGCAGCGGGUGCUUGUAGGCCGCAGUAGGCCUCACGUGCCCAGCUCAGCCCAAGGCCGCUGAGCCCACGAGGGGCUGCGCUCCCUUCAUGGCCAUGGGGCCCAUCAGCAGUGCUGGGGUUUGCCCACAGCUUUAGGGGAGCCCUAGGGGCAGGCCUGCAGCCCGCGCCAUCUUCUUCUCUGCUUGAAAUGUUGGACUCGUGUGGAACACAAGCUGGUUUGUUUUGCUUUGUUUUGUUAUUUUUAAAAGGAGGACAAGCAGGCACCGCACAGCAGAGAAAAAAAAAUGGUACAAAAAUAGUAGGUUGCUACAGAGCUUGUUAAAAACUGGUCCCAGAGACCUAAAUUCGGCUUUAACAUCUCAGGAUGUGAACCCCACUGGCAAACGCGCAUAUAGAGCUUGUUUUGGAUGCAGUCUGGCUUCUGGGCAAGCCUGCUUUUAUCCAUGGGGACAGAUGCACUGAGAGGGAUUCCCGGGUGCUCGACAGCUCAUCUGCCCUCACAGCGUCGCUUGAAGGGAGAAUUAAGGCACAAUAUGGGAUCUGAAGGAGGGCACUUGCACAGGAUUGCCUGCUGAGAGUGGGGGCUGCCCUGGUGCCAGCAGUGACCCCAGCUCACCCACAAGCUGAAGCCCAGCACUCCACCCAGCAGCACCGUGUCCAGGAUAGGGGAAAAUAGGGCACAUGGGUCUGCGGGCUCAUGAGGCCUGAAGGUUCUCACAGAAUCUUAGGAUCGUUUGAGUUGGAAAGGACCCUUAAAGGCCAUCUGGUCCAACUCCCCUGCAAUGAACAGCAACUCCUACAGCUCCAUCAGGUGCUCAGAGCCCUGUCCAGCUUGAAUGUCUCCCCACUGCUGUGGUGCCACAGACAAGCCUGCAAGGUGGGCCACAAACUCUGGACGCCUGCCUAGGAGGGGAUGAGCACCAGCGCAGACACAGAGACAAGCAGCCAAGUCCCCAUGCAGACGCAUCCUCCAACCAGCAGCCCUGAGAAGCACACAGCCGGCCCAACGUCCUCAGUGAAGCAUCUCAGAGAGGUUUGGUGAGGAGCAGGGAUACAUUUGAUGAAGCAAAUGGGUGCUGGGUGAGCAAUAAGGCUUGCCCAGUGACCAGGCUGGGGGCUCCCGUGGGGGGCACUGGAGCGAGAGCUCCACUCCCUGCCCCACGCUCAUUAAAAACCCAAAUGAUUCAGAAGCAGCUGCACGGCCAUUCCCCAUCUCUGAGCUAACACAGUCAUUCACAGCCCACACCCUCAGCAAUGGGCAUAGGCCAAGGUGUGAAUGUGCAGUGGGACGUGCACAGCCAGGUCCUUACCCCCACGCAGGACCUUGGUAGGUUGUGGUGUGGACAUGAGGACUGGUCUGCAGGGACCAUUGCAGCUCAGUGCCAUCCCCUUUGGUUUUUGGCUUCCCUGCAUCCCACUGAGAUGGCACAAAGGACUGCGCUGCUCAAAGAAGCCCCAGCUGUGGGUGCAAGGGGGGCUGCUAACCUGACUCCAGCACGCAGCCUCUCCCCAGCAAUCUGUUCCCUCCAAGCCAAGCUCUGCUUUCAACUAUUUUUUUUUUAAAGCUACACCUCCUAAAUAUUUCUACUGGUCGCAGAUGAAAAACAAAAUCCCCACUUCUUCAAAGACCAUUUGAUGACCCGACAGUGUCAUUUCAAAAGUCAUCCAAGAGCAACUGAAUAUUUGAAGUGAGGAGCUUCAGAAUAUCACUUCAAAUCACUGCUGGCAUAUCUACGUACAGUCAAACCAAUAUAUCACCAUCCUCAAAGAUAUUAUACACAGCAGGCACCACCUAACUAAGCCACUGAAAAUAUCACUGUAGGUCAUUCCAGCCACAGGACCGACUGCUCUGCCCAGGUCACAUCCCACAUGCUGAAACUAUACAAUAAUUCUUCUGUUUUUAAUCACAAGUUGAGAAGGAAAGUAGUCCUGGCUUUUGGGACUUCCCUUGUUCCAGAACUGCUGUCACGUGUUGCAUUUUCAAGGCAUUGCAGAUCUGCCACGAGGUUCUUCAUCUUUGGAAAUACCCCUACCUCACUGCAUCCAGGAGAGAGAAAACCUGUACCCACUUAUUUUAAACUGACAUUUAUAUCCAGAUCACUAUCUCUAGACAACAGACGCCUCAUGGGUUUUGGCUUCAUAUAAUCCUGCUUCAGACCUUUCACACAAUCUAGAAGAAAAAUCAGCACCAGCAGACCUACCACCUCAGCAGGUUUGGGCUAGAAAAUAGCAUGGCAUUUAUUAACGCUGGUGCAUUUCCCUUUUUAAAACUAUUUGCUCACUAAAAUACAAAGGUUUCUUUCCCAGUUCCUUCACACACAGGCAUGUCCUCUCGCCCCAAGAUGAAAAUAUCCAAACUCGAGAUCUCAUUUACUUGCCAAUGAGUAAGCCUUUGGCACAGCUGCAGACUUGAAGCGAUUCAGGGGAGGGGAGGUCCUGUGGGUGAGCAGCUCCUCACAACGCCGAACAACACGCAACUUUCUUUUUCUCCAUAACUGUUGAGAGGCAGCAGCACGACCUUGGAGCUCAAGGGUUGACUUUCACCAGUUUCUCUCCUAUAGUUGGUCUAACAAUAAGACAGCUUUCUAUUUUAGCAGUUAACGUUUGUCUAAUAUUUUCCCCCUUAGCUAGAAGGGAAGAUUUCACUUCCUUCCCCUGAAAUCCUCCCCGUAAUUGUUAUCCGGCUACUGGCAAAGAUCUGUUGAGAAAAUGUCACAGAAAUAGAGAUUUCUGGCAUGCCACCUGUUCAUAACUCAAUACACAGAACUAUAUAUAAAUACAUGACAUGGAACAAAAAAAACAACACACACUCAGGAAUACUGGGUGGAUUUUCAAAUGCAUUCAGUGUGCUCCCUCUGAAGUCAAUGAAAACCCAACCCAGAGCGUCUGAUGAGAGUAAAUAUGGUGGGGACAACAUACGCAUAGACAGAACUGGAGCACAAGGCAGCCUGGAGGAGCCACCUGCCCUGCUGCAAAGGCUCCCACAGGUCACAGGGCAGGAGCUCCUCAGCCUUGCAGAUGUCUCAGACCCACAGAGGGUGUGAUGGACUCCUCUCUGCCCUGUGCUCAUCUCUGCAAAAAGAGCAACAACUGACCUUCCAAAAACCCCUUCCCCACUAAGAUGUGGACUUUAAGCUCCAUGUAAUGAGAGCUAGCAUCUGGAAGGAAGGAAGAACACAUGGUGAUGGCCCAGCGCUGCUGCAGGCACCCUCAGCAAGCCCAUAGCAGAGCAGUCCACGGGCUACUGCUGGUAGAUGGCUUUGGGGCAAUAUUGUAGUUGUCGCCCUGCCCUUUUUCUGACCACCACAACUGUUUGUUAGUUCAUUAUCUUGGGACAGGACGCUUGGUGAUACUGUUUCUGAAGCUGGACUGGUAGAUUUCCAUGUUGUUCUCCAGCCCACAGUGUCCCCUGGUUAUGAAUCUUGAGUGCAGAAGGCUUGUGCAGGCUUAGUGUGAACCAGGACAAUGAAAACUGGCCAAUAGAUCCCAUGGAUGAAUGCAGUCUGCCACAGCACAGAAAUCACUCUGGCUGGCACAUACAGAUAUCUGAAAGUUUGUUCUUUCACAGCAGGAUUUCAAGAUGAUCCGCUGAGUUCAGACAAAAUGACAAACUCAUUUACAUGUAAAUUGCUUUCGUAGCUUUGCAGAAAGGAAGGUUCUGCUGAGCAGUGUUGGACCCUGCAUUUGGCCUGCCUUAAAUUAUAAUAUAACAACAAUUAUAAUAAUACAAAUACUACUUUGUACACAAAGCACGCCCUCCCCUGCAAACCCUGGCAUGCUUCGGUAGGUCCUACAGCCCUCUAGUCAAUAAUCACCCUCUCUGCACAGAGAGACAUUGAGUGACUUGCCUGAGGCCACAGAGGAAUUCUGUAGCAAGUCCAAGGAAAGCUUUGUGGCUCCUAGCUCUGCUUCUUGACCAGCAUUAACCAGCCUCUAAUAUAUGCAAAAAACAUCAAAGCAGUCUGUGCCAGGAAGAAAAAAACAAACA